UUUUUCCUAGAUUAUCUGUAAAAAUCCAGUAUUUAAGUGUUAAAAUUUGAUUCAUUCAAAUUCCUAAAAAAGCCUCUGUUGAAACAUGUCAGUAGGCCAUUUAUGGCCUGUGAACUGCCAUUUUGCAAUGACUAGAUAGAGAAUUUUUGACCUGAAAGAGGCCAUAUGGAUUCUAUACUGGGGUCUGCAAACAGAUAACAUGACUGGCAGAUGACUUAAUUGUGUGAGGUGAAGACGUUGGUGAAUUGGAGAGCCAAUACCUCAAAGACAAGCAACUUAAUUUUGAACAAUAUAUAUAUUAUUUUUUGAGAUGGUGUCUUGCUCUGUUGCCCAGGCCGGAGUGCAGUGAUGUGAUCUUGGCUCACUGCAACCUCUGCCUCCCAGGUUCAAGCAAUUCUCCUGCCUCAGCCUCCUGAGUAGCUGAGAUUACAGACAUGUGCCACCACUCCUGGCUAAUUUUUGUAUUUGUAGUAGAGACGGGUUUUCACCAUGUUGGCCGGGCUGGCCUUGAACUCCUGACCUCAGGUGACCCUCCUGCCUCAACCUCCCAAAGUGCUGGGAUUACAGGUGUGAGCCACCACGCUUGGGCGAAUCUUUUCAUCUUGAAAAUAAAUUAUUUGUGGAAUUUAAUCUAACUCUAUUUUAUACAUUAUGAAAAUGAGGCCCCAAGUAGUUAAGUCCCUAUUCACAUAGGAAUAGAACCAGUGCCCUUUUGGGCAUUCUUUCAUGUAACAAUUCCACUUAUAGAAUCAGAAACUGUAACAGAAAUGAAACUUUCUUGAUUUCUAGAACUGACUUUAAUGUCUGACUCUGAAUACCCAGCCUACCUCCUUACAGAUCAUUUCAGACAUCUUCUGGUAAAUUGAGAAUCAAUCCAGUAAUUUUGAGUGGAUAUAAUUUCAGCCUUAUUGAUUCAUCUUGGGCCCAUUCAAAACUCUCUAAACUUCCUGCCUCUUCUUCCCCAAAGCUGAUCCAAUUCCUAGAGAAAUUGUACAGCCACAGCUAGGAAGAGGUGAGGUUGGCAGUGACCAUUUUUGUGAUCUCAUCAGGUCUUACUGGCAUCAUCUGAUGCCCCUUGUGAGCCUGGAUACUUUCCUUUCACUCUUGGAUCCUCAGACAGCUCAGGAGACUGAUGGGACACCCCUCCUGCCUAUUGCCAUCUCCUACCAUCUCUCUUGCCUUCUGCAGGCCCAGUUGUUUCUUUCAGAAGCCCUCUAAACUUUUGAAGGGGAUCCUCAUAUAUUUCCUUCCUUAAGAGAAGGUUUGCAGUAGGGGAGACAAAAACUUGACUAAGUGGUAGAUAAGGCACCAAAGUGAGUCAUGCACACUCUCACCUGCUCACUCCCUCCUCUGUCUGCCAUUCAUGCCAAGUCCCCUUUUAAAAGCCCUUGCUCUCUGCUCCAGAAGCAAAGAGGUACCCUAAGGCAGGAAGCCCAUACUUUUCCCCUUAAGCUAGCUUUGGAAUCAAAAGUCACUUUCUUUCUACCAAAUCUUGCUUUUUUCUUUUUUUUGAGGCAAAAUCUCUCUGUUGCCCAGGCUGCAGUGCAGUGGCACGAUCUUGGCUCACUGCAACCUCCGCCUCCUAGAUUCAAGUGAUCCUUCCAUCUCAGCCUCCAGAGUAGCUGGGAUUACAGGCACCUGCCCCCUUGACUGGCUAAUUUUUUUCUAUGUUUAGUAGAGAUGGGAUUUCACCAUGUUAACCAGGCUGGACCAGACCUUGCUUCUGUUAACUGAACGCUACAAAUGGCGAGCAACUAUACCUGAAAUUUAGCUACACUACUUUCUUUAAAAAAAAAAAAAAAAGGCGCUGGCUGCACGCAGUGGCUUAUGCUCGUAAUCCAGCACUUUGGAAGGCUAAGGUGGGUGGAUCACUUGGGGUUAGGAGUUUGAGACCAGUCUGAGCAACAUGGUGAAACCCUGUCUCUAUUAAACAUACACAAAUCAGCUGGGUGUGGUGGCGGGUGCCUGUAAUCCCAGCUACUUAGGAGGCUGAAGCAGGAGAGUAACUUGAACCUAGGGGGCAGAGGUUGCAGUGAGCCAAGAUCUGGCCACUGUACUCCAGCCCGGGAACAGGGCAAGACAGUGUCUCAAAAAAAAAAAAAAAAAAGUGAAAAAACAAAAACAAAAGCCUUAUCUUUGCAGGACAGGGGAGUCCCCCCAAACUGGGACUUAGCCCGGAAGAGUUCCUGGCUUUGCCCAAGGAAAGAAUUCCAGGGUGAGCCAGUGGUAUUCGGAAUCUUUUAUUGAAUAGUGCUGUUCCUUGUGGAGUAGGGCUAACUCAUAGGCUAACGCAGCAUGGGUUGUUGUAUGGGAUGUUGGCAACUGUAUUUAUACUCACUUCUGAUCCCUUCUCAGCCUUGUGGCUAAGAUCAAGUGUAGUAUACUCAUCCUACCCACUUUCAAUCACACAUAAAUUAAGGGGCGGGUUAAUGCAAAUUAAAAAAAAAAGGGGGUGGGUUUUUAGAGCUUCAUAGGAAAGGGAUGGCAACUUCCUCUUCAUUGCCAAGACAUUUGUAAACAGUCAUGGCGCUGGUGGGAGUGUCUUAUGAUAAUGUGGAAUGGGGACAGCUAGGGGUGUGCUUUUGUCCCUGUCUGCUGGUUCAUGCCAGUUUUUUCCACUUUAUCCUGUCUGGACCAGAUCCUGUUUUGGUCAGCAGGGUUGUGACCCGAAGGUAAGUCCUGCCAUUCUCCUGUCUCACCAGGACUCUGGCAGCCAUUUUAGCUCCUUUGAGCCCCAGUCUCCUGUGUAUGGAGUUGAGUAAAAGUUUGGGUGGUUGUGAGGAUUCACUGAGGUAAUGCCUGUGAGUGUCCAGUAAUUGUUAGACUCCCACAUUCCAAUCCCUCUGCCCCUCCCUCCAGAACCUUUCACUGUGACCUUAGGAGAUUCUGAGAAUGAUUUUCUCAGAGUAGGGCUUCUAGUAGCUGAUGGUAUGGUGGCAGGAGUGAAGUUAAGCCCUUUCUUGCCUUGUUACUGAAGAAAUCUAUUUGUUUCUAGUAUUACUGAAUUCCUGGGGGCUAGUUGUGCCAUUUGCCCACCCAGGAACCAUGAAGAGAUAUAUGGUAACUCAUGCCUGGCAGCUCCUGAAGAAGGAACUGGGACUGUACCAGCUUGCCAGGGAUAUCGUGAUAAUGAUCCGAGUGUGUAAAAUGUUCCGCCAAGGCCUCAGGGGAUUCCGGGAAUAUCAAAUCAUUGAGACUGCUCACCGGAAGCACCCUGCCUUCUCCUUCUGGGAUAAAAAGAGGCAAAGCCGAGUCACAUUUGAUACCAAGGACUUCAUUGCAGAGAAGGGUCACUUUCCUCCAAGAGCUAUUCAGAUCAUGCAGAAGAAGCCUUCCUGGAGGACAGAGGAUGAGGUCCAGGCUGUCUGUAACAUCUUACAGGUUCUGGAUAGCUAUCGGAACUUUGAGGAGCCCCUACAGCUGCUCCUGGCCAAAGUCAUGCGCUUUGAACGGUUUGGUCGCAGGCGUGUGAUCAUCAAGAAGGGGCAGAAGGGCAACAGCUUUUAUUUCAUCUACCUGGGUACAGUUGCAGUGACCAAGGAUGACGACGGCAGCAGUGCCUUCCUAGAUCCCCACCCGAUAUUGCUGCACAAGGGUGGCUAUUUUGGGGAAAUGGGCCUUCUGGAUGCUUCAGUGAGGAGGGCCACCAUUGUCUGUAUGGAAGAAACGGAGUUCCUGGUUGUUGACAGGGAGGACUUCUUUGCUUAUAAGCUGGACCAGGAAGUUCGGAAGGAUGCUCAGUGUCAGUUUGAAUUUUUUAGGAAGAUGGACCUGUUUGCAUCAUGGUCUGAUAAGAAGCUCUGGCAGCUCAUAGCCAUGGCAAAGAUAGAGAAGUUCUCAUAUGGGCAGCUGAUCUCAAAAGACUUUGUAGAGUCAUCCUUUAUCAUGUUUAUCAGCAAGGGCAGCUGUGAAGUCCUGCGGCUGUUGGACCUUGCUGCCUCCCCUUCCUACCACAAGUGGGUCUGGCAGCACCUGGAGCUGAUCCAUGACAGGCCUCUGAUGACCCACCUAAGUGAAUACUCUCCUUUGGAAAGAUACAAUGAAUUCCAGAUCAAAUCAUAUCCUCUACAAGACUUUAGCUCCUUGAAACUUCUGCAUCUCCAAAAAGCCUGGGAGCUACAGGGGACAAGCUUCAGCAGGAAGAUCAGAACCUCAGGAGACAGUGUCCCCAAGAUGCUGGGCCCAAAGAUCAAAUCCAAGCCUACUCAGACCAUCAAAUGCAACAUGAUCAAUACCAACCUUGGUGAGCUCCCCAAAGAGGCUGUAGUGGGGGCCUACGUGAAGGUGCAUACCGUGGAGCAGGGAGAAAUUUUGGGCCUUCACCAGAUCUUCCUUCCAGAGGGUGAACACGACACACGACCCUUCAUCCUGUUGAGCCUGGGAAAUGAGAUGAUACGGAUAAGGAAGGAAAACUUUUAUAAACUGAUUGACAAUGAUGACGAGAUGAUAAACAAGUUGUUAAAGCUCAAUAUUGCAUACCCCAGUGAUGAAGAUAUGUGCCAGAAGUUCGUCCAGGAGAACAGCUGGAAUGUCUUUCGGAAGGAUCUGUUGCAGCUGUUAGUAAAGCAUCGCCAAAGUUCACCGUUCACCCCAAUCCGGCCCAAGAAGAAAGGGAUAUACGACCCUAGGUCUGUGGUCCUGAAUUUGUGCAGCAUCAACAAGACGACUAAACCUUGUUAUCCCAUUUUUAAGGCACCCCAGAAAUACCUGCCCCCAUUGAGGAUUGUCCAAGCCAUCAAAGCACCUCGGUACAAAAUCCAAGAACUCUUGCCUCAGUAUAAGAGUGCAGGGGUCCUUAUUUAGGACAAAUAAAGGAUGGCAGACUGGCCACCAUGCUUUCUGAAUGACCACCAUGUGAGUUGUAGGACUUGGAGGAGGGGGGCCUGGAGGGGCUGAGCUGUGGGUCCAGGGAGGUAUUUGGGGGACAGCAAUAGGGGCACAGUCUCCCUUGAUGCUUGAGGGCUGGGCUGAGUGAAUGGAUGGUCAGAGUCUGGGCGUGGAUGGGUUAAUCAUUGGGGAUGUGCUCAGGGUAGAAGGGUCUUAUCUGAUGAGCUGGAUGUGGGGAAGGCUCACAUCAAAGUGGUCAAAACUAGGGUUGCAAAUGCCUUCCAAGGCCAGACAGGUCAUCUAAAGGAGUGCAGCAGCAGGGCUGGGAAGGCAACAGGGAGUGGUGAAGACGCUGGGCUUGCUCUAUAAGUUCUCCAUCCAGAUGGGGAAGCUACCCUUUAGCCCAGUCAGUUGCUGUCCUGCCAGGAAAUAAUGCAGGCCUCAUAUUGUCAAUCUGUAGAUUCUUCAAGAGAAUCAAGAAAUUCAAUAUUUUAGAUGAUUCCUACUGGUUUUUAAACACGAGAAACUAAUUCAGAUUGUUUUUAAAUAGUGUCAGACAAAUCAAACACAUAUGUGGGCUAUGUUGGGCCUACAGGUGGUGGGCUGGAUUCCUGUCAGAGAGUGAAGUGAGGCUGUCACUGGUUGGGAGGAGGGUACAGGAGCCAGAGAGACACUGAUGGGGCAGCCUGACAGGAGCAGGCCUCAGGUCCAGGAUGCGGAGUGAGCAGCUGUGAUAGAGGAGGUGGGGACAAGGAGGCCACAGAGUAGGAACUAAAAAGGGCUCCUCAUUCUCUCUGCUGGGUCCCUAAUCUGGAGGUGCUCAUCACUGAUCUGUGCCUAGAACUCAGGGCUUCUUUCUCCGGCAGCCUCGGCACCACAGACCAAGUGCCAGACACCUCUUUCCCUUCGGGAACCCCACAGGGUAGCUUGAGAGCACUGAGAAGCCUGGAGGAGGCCAUGACGGCAAAGGAGCCUACCCACUUCCAAGUUACCCACCCUGUCCCUGGCAAGGCAUAGACUCUGAGAAAUGCCAGGGCAUCAAGCUGGGCACCAGGAGCUCUGACAGUCCCAGAUGUGCUGGUGUCUCACUGGACCCUCUCGAGCACUUCGAUUCCUUUAUCUGUACCUCAGUUUUCCUAGUGGUGAAAUGAGCAAGUUGGACAAGAUAAUGGCUUUCAUGAAUGGGGGUGAGUAUAGUUUGAAAAGCAUAUUCAACAUUAUAGUUUUGUUUGUUGUAUUUAUUUUAUUUUUUGAGAUAGGGUCUUGCUCUGUUGCCCAGGCUGGAGUACAGUGGCAUGAUCAUAGCUCACUGCAGCCUUGAACUCUUGGCUCAAGCAAUCCUCUGGCCUUAGUCUCCAGAGUAGCUUGGAGUACAGGUGUACACCACCAUGUAGGGCUGAUUUAAAAAUAUUUUUGUAGGGACAGGGUCUUACUGUAUUGCUCAGGCUGGUCUCAAACUCAUGGCCUCAAGUGAUCCUCUCACCUUGGCCUCCCAAAGUAUUAAGAUUACAUGUAUGAGCCUGAUACAAUUUGGCUGUGUCCCCACCCAAAAUCUUAUCUUGAAUUUUAAUAAUCCCCAUGUUGGAACCAGGUGGAGAUAAUUGAAUCAUGGGGACAAUUUUCCCCAUACUGUUCUCGUGAUAGUGAGUUAGUUCUCACAAGAUCCUUUAUAAGCAGCUUCCCUGUUUGCCCAGCGCUCAUUCUCUCUUGCUGCUAUUCUGAAGAAGGAUGUGUUUGCUUCCCCUUCUGCCCGGAUUCUAAGUUUCCUGAGGCCUCCCCACCCAUGCAAAACUGUGAGUCAAUUAAACUUCUUUUCUUUAUAAACUACCCAGUCUCAGGUGUGUCUUUAUUAGCAGAGCCACUACACUGGGACUGUUGGUUGAGUUUAAAAGAAAACUGUUUUCAUGUUGCAUACCAGAAAAGGAGGAGUAUGAAAAUUUUCUCUCUGAAGGGGAUGUGGAUGUAAAGGGUAAAGAAGCAGUGGACUAGUCCAGGUGCGGUGGCUCACACCUGGAAUCCCAGCAUUUUGGGAGGCCGAGGCAGGCAGAUUACCUGAGGUCAGGAGUUUGAGACCAGUCUGGCCAACAUGGUGAAACCCUGUCUCUACUAAAAAUACAAAAUUAGCCAUGCGUGGUGGUGGGCACCUGUAAUUCCAGGCUUGGGAGGCUGAGGCUGGAGAAUCACUUGAACCCAGGAGGCAGAGGUUUCAGUGAGCUUCCAAGAUUGCGCCAUUGCACUCCAGCCUGGGCCACAAGAGUGAAACUCCAGCUAAAAAAAAAAAGCAGUGGACUUAUGGAUCUUCACUUCCCUGAUUGCUCCAGAGUCAAGAAGUCAGGGAUGUCUGCAGCAGUCCUGGAAAGGUCGACUGUGACUCACAAGUACAAGGGGUCGCUGUUUUGGGACCAAGGAAGUUGGGGUAUCUGACCAUAUUUAGGUUUUUUUUU